UCUGCCGUGCCCGAAUGUCUGUGGUACUUAAUAUUGGAGGGACGGAGUUCCGCACUCGCGAUGAAACCGUGAGUAGCAUAAUCGACAUUUUCACAUCGAAGCGCAGGGAGGAGCCCACAGGGCCAGUCCUCGUGUACUUCAUUGGUCGGGAUCCGACGGUGUUUGGCUAUAUAUUGAAUUUUCUGCGUGAUGGAAGCGUAAUUGUUCCUCGUAAUGGAUUCACUCUUGCGCUGAUAAAGCAUGAAGCGAAGGCUUACGGCAUUACAAACCUCGUGAAGAAAUUGGAUGCUCAUGACUAUCACGAAUAUUCUGACUAUUAUCACAUUUAG